UGGUGUAAACAGAGGAUAGCAGUCAUACUGCACAGAGGUCUGGAAAGCACUGUUCUUGAGGGCAGUGUGGUAGAAGAUGUCCAGGUAUCUGAAGCACUUCACGGCGGUGGGUGAUGAUAACCACAGCUUCAACAAGCAGCAUGAGGAGGAGUUCCACAGGGAUGGAGAGGAGCCGUCGCUGCACAGUGUGGAGCACAGCCUCACCUUCCGCGAAUCUCUGAAAAAACUAUUCGGCUCACACAAGUUCCAGGUGUCUGUGGUGUGUCUGGUGAUUCUGGAUGCUGUCUUUGUGCUGUGCGAGUUGCUGCUGGACCUAGCCAUCAUUAAGCAAGAUGAGCACAAGAUAUCAUCGCAAGUGUUCCACUACCUGAGUUUAGCUCUGCUCACCUUCUUCAUGAUGGAGCUGUUUGGGAAGCUGUUUGCAUACCGGCUGGAGUUCUUCCACCACAAGUUUGAAGUGUUUGACGGCAUCGUGGUGAUCGUGUCCUUUGUCCUGGACAUCGUGUACGUCUCCCACGAGGACGCCUUCGACGGAGUGGGCCUGCUCAUCCUGCUGAGGCUGUGGAGGGUGGCCAGGAUCGUCAACGGAAUUAUUGUAUCUGUGAAGACUCAGGCACACCAUAAGGUAGAAACUCUAAAAGUGGCAAAUGAAGAGCUUUCAAAACAAGUCAACGAACUCCAGCAUCAUAAAGCACACACGGAGAGUGAAAACCAGAGAUUACGCACUCUAUUACAGCAGAACGGGAUUCAUUUCUAGACGAAUUUAUGAGUGCAUCAGAGUUCUCGGAAAGAGUGAAGACAAUUAGAUCAGAAUAUGUCUUUUUGUACCUUGAGGAAUAACUUACACAAUGAACUCUGGUGAUUUCUCAAACUGCUUACAAGGUUAAGUAUUCCUCCAAUUCUAUGAUUUUUUACAAAUGUAUUGAGGUCACUUUUUUAGGCAGUUCUGCACCAAACAAUAUAUAUUCUGAGGGUUUUGCAGAAGUGUUUUUCUUCUUUUUUUUUUUUUUGCAAUGCAGCUGAUGCCAACACAUUCCUUUUUCAUUAAAUAUUUAAUACUUCAAAUACAUGCAGUAGUACAGCACAACCCACUGAAAUACUACAUGGUGUUAAAGUUCAUAAACUGGUAUUAUUUGAGGUUUAACCUGUAGGAUGAAACAGGACCAUUUAUGUGAAUGUUAAACUUGACAAUUUAAGAUACUAUUCUUGCCUUAAGUUUACUUACUAUUGCUGUCCGGAAUCAAUUUGUUUUUGCUACCGGGCUGUAGUGCUGUGGUUUUGAAGAAAAAGGUUAUUUGGGAGUACGCCCUGUGUAAACGUACCUGGCAUUGCCUCUGCUCAGCAUGUUACUGUGAAUGUUCAGUGAUGUGUGAAGAUGUAUUUUUAGGGUCAAGAGCAUCAUGUUUCUGAAAUAUUAAAAAGUUAUCUUAACUAACGUAUUUUUAGAUUCACUUUGGAUCAUGUUUCUAAAGCACCUCUGGGGUCUCAAUAGAGCUCAGAAUCAUAUCUGACCUCAGAGUAUAUCUGGCACACAGUAAUCUGCCCCCUAGUGAUGCCAGACCGCAUUGGUUAAGAUAACUCUCCUAUCUCACUUCUCUUUGAGUGUAAGUGUGUAAAGCAGCACUGUAGAUAGUAUUAACAAUGCAGUGUAUUAUUCAGUGUUACGCAGUGCAUUACCACUAUAUCAGAAUGUCAUGUUUACAGUCUUGUUCAUGCCUGUCUGUAGUUAAACAUGUUUCAAGUUUAAAUCCUUUUCUGUUAUUCGUUUGUCUUGUUAGGCCAAAAAAGAAAUUCUCUGUUGUG